AUGGCUGAAGCUUCGACAGCUCCCACUCUGCCUCCCCAGGCGACAGCCAAAGUCUCAGACAUCGUCAAGAAUUAUCGCCCGUCAAAGGUGUUUCGAGGCAAUUCCAGGUCCAAUGGCCAGCAAUAUAUUACGUCCGUCGAUUUCGACGACCAAGGCGACUAUCUGGUCGCAGCCGGAGACGAUGAGAUGCUACAGCUUUUCGAUGUGAAGGAAGGAAAACCGACAAAGACAGUCCCCAGUAAGAAGUAUGGAGUCCACCUGGCGCGAUUUACUCACCACUCCCGUCAAAUAUUACAUGCUAGCACAAAGGUCGAUGAUUCGCUACGACUUCUUGACCUCCAUAACGAAAGCUACCUGCGCUAUUUCACCGGACACACAGACAAAGUAACUUGUCUCGCGUUAUCACCUGGCGCGGACGCCUUCCUUUCUUGCUCCAAGGAUGAUAGCGUUGCACUAUGGGACCUGAAUUCGAGAAACGCCCAGGGAAAACUGAAGCUGGCAACCCCAUAUCUUACCGCUUUCGAUCCAUCUGGCUCAGUUAUAGCUAUUGCUUCGCAGUCCACUUCUUCCAUCCUGCUUUACGACUUUAGAAACUACGACAAGCCACCCUUUGCGACCUUCGAUAUGGCACCACAGGAGGAUAGGUUCACUCCAACUACGCGAGGAAGAGCUUGGAACAAAUUGGAAUUUUCAAAUGACGGAAAACACCUCUUGGUCGGUACGGAUUAUCACGGCCACUUCAUUUUAGACGCAUUCGACGGAAAUAUCAAAGCAUUUCUGGUUGGCAAAUCCGGUGUCACAGGGCGGGCAGCUCCCGUGUCCAACUCUGGGAAACCACUUGGUCAAGGAGACGUGUGUUUCACCCCGGAUGGGCGAUAUAUCAUUGGAGGAGCUGGCGACCAGCCUGACACGCUCGUGUGGGAUGUCCACCAAACCCCGGAUUCUAGUUGUUUCCUCCAGCCGAUAGCCCGUUUGCCGCACCGUGGAAAGGCCGCUAUCGUUCAGGUGAACCCAAGAUACAAUAUGUUCGCCAGUGCGGAUAAAGAAAUCGUUUUCUGGCUGCCCGAUGACAGCGCGAAGCAACCUGACAAAUGA